AUGCUGCAAAAGGCACAGUCUCAGUCGAAUCGGGCUACGGACGAAGAGAUCCCGGACAAGACCUACGCAGAUGUCCUCAGCCAGCACUUGCAGUCACUGCAAGUGACCUUGCUCCAACAUCAUGCUGCUGAUUUGGGCAGGCUGCGUGACCAGAACGACAAGUUGAAGCGUCAGCUAACAUCUGCGCAGACACGGCUGCGGGAUGUGACGGGCGUCGACGAAGUUCCACAACCUACAAUGAUUUCGUCGGUGCCUGCGUUGCAAGGCCAUCCUGUGUUGGAGCGGGAGGAGAGCGCCGCGUCGGGCCAAGUUUCGAAGCUGGUGUCCAGCAGUUCGCUGCCCGUGGAUAUCACGACUAGUGACUUGAAGCACUGCGAGCGCUGGGAAACUCUGACCACAAAGCUGAUUGAGUCUGCCGGCUGCAUGACUGCAUUCGAUGCCCCGACACCCAAGCCGAGGAGUACGGCGGGGAUAAUGUGCGAGCUGAAGAUGCGACCGUCCUGGAGCCACUCCUUGGUGCAGACAAAGGCAACCUACCAGAGGUCAAGAUCCCACAUCGCGGCACUCAGGGAGAUGUCGUCGACACUGAAGAUCAAUGAUGCAUUCACCGACAGCUCCUUCCUCCAGCGCUUUGUGGUGGGACCUCACAGCAGACAUCAGCUCGUGUGGGCGAUUAUAGCCAGCGUGUUCAUCAUCUGGGAUUUGAUCACCAUUCCCUUGGAGAUGUUCAACGUUGCAGAGUUCAUCCGCGUGCUGGAUAUUGUGGGCGUGGUCUCGCUGUCUUUCUGGGCGAUGGACAUUCCCCUGCAUCUUGUCUUCGGGGUGCAGCUGCGGGGAUCCCUCGAGAUGCGACCGUCAAAGCUGUGGAGUAUCUACGUGCGCUCCUGGCUGGCCAUAGACAUGUUGAUAGUACUUCUUGACGUCGCGCUCAUCCUUCUGGAACAGUUGUCGAGCGGCCACAGCAACGGUGCUUUCAGAUCCGCCCGCUUUUUGCGAUCCCUUCGGUUGCUUCGGCUGUUCCGGUUGGUACGAGUGGCCAAGCUUCAGCGGGAGCUUUCCUUGGUGGCAAGUCGUUUCUUAUCAACUUAUGCUUUCAUGGUCAUGAAGAUUGUUGGCGCGCUGCUGAUGAUGCUGGCAAUUAACCACAUCAUCGGAUGCUGCUGGUUUGGCAUUGGAACUGGGACUGAAAGCGACAAAACUUGGAUUUAUCGUAUCGGAAUCGAAGAUGCAGAUUUUGCGACAUCCUACGUGAGCUCGAUCCACUGGGCUUUGACGCAGUUCACACCCUCGACGAACAAUAUCGCCCCUGAAAACGGCGUUGAAAGGUUUUUUGCCAUCUGGGUGAUCCUGCUCGCAAUGGGUGUCUAUUCAUCCUUCAUUGGAUCCAUCAGUUCAACGGUGAAUUCUUUGCGAGCUGUCCGCGGCGAGAAGAUCAAGCAGCAAUCCAGGCUGCUGCAGUUCUUCAUCGAGAGAAAUCUUUCCUUGGAUCUGUACGGCAGCAUCCAGGAGACCCUCCGCCGCGAAGGCACAGUUGAAGUGCGACUCAAGGAGGCUGAAGUGAAUUUGAUCAGUGGCCUGCCAGAGCGUUUCAAGCAACAACUACAUGAGGAGCUCUACAUGGCAGCCGUUCAGCGCUUACCUUUCUGGCCAUCCUGGACCGAAUGUCGGACCGUGGACAGUUUCUUCUUCAACAGCUUGUGCCAUCAAGCCGUCGGCGAACAUGUGCUUAUGCCUGGUGAGGAUGCUUUCAUGCCAGGGACCUUCUGCGAGCAAGCCUACAUUGUGGAGAAUGGCUUCAUGAACUAUAGCUUGGGCAACCAUGAGUGUGACGAGAUAGAAAGGGACGCGAUUCUCUGCCUGACUUGUUUGUGGUCGGAGUGGCAGCACGCUGGCCGCCUAUCAGCCAACUCGGGCACCAGCUAUUACAUUACUAUAAAGAGCGACGAGUUUUGCAAAAUCACGACACGCUUUGGAGCUCGUCUGUGCGUGUACCUGCAAGUCCUCGGGAUCCUGAUUGUCGGAGCGGUUGAAAACCAGCACGAACAAGGCAUCGCCACCGACCUUAACUUCGAUUGGCAGCGCAUCCAGGAGCUCGCUUCAAGAGCCGAGAGGUUUCAUUCCAUCUUCGACUCCUUGGACAAUUCUGCCCUGCAGAGCUCUUCGCUUGCGAAGAUUACCAUGGUCACUUCCCCCGGCUCCCACUUGCCAUCGUACCAAGACACCAGACAUGAGUCGGUGAUGGACAGCUGGAUCUGA